UUGACUUAGCGACGUUGUUGUUAGGACAAUCAAGAAAAAGAUAUUUUAAGAAUUAACUACAUAAAUUAAUAUUUAUUAUGUUUUACUUCAUAUGGUCAAAUAAAUUUUGGAUUACAAAAUUUUCUCUUCUAUUAGGCUUAUUGUCAGUAAAGUUUGUUACAGGUAAUUUGUCACUGCGCAUUUCCCCACCAAGUAAAUUGACCCAACAAAGUAAAGUAGCUGCUAAUUUUCCAUUUGAUCCACCAAUAAUAAUUCAAGUCCUACGUAAUGGUGCACUUUUAACUACUGGACCAGAUUCUUCUCUUGAAGUAAAAGCUGCGAUAAACGAUUCUUCAAAAUGCUUGUCAGCAGAUGCUACAUUUAGUUUAAAGAAUGGAAGUGGAAUAUUUCCUGGAUCAAUAUGUGAAGUCACCACUGCACCAUUAACAUUAAGUUUUUCUGCUGUUUCAAGCCAAGGUGUUCUGACAUCAGAUUCUACAAAUGCAUUUGUAGUUGUAGGUGAAAUCCAUCUGGCUCUUUUUCAUCAAGAUCGGAGGUAUUUGAAUGGGCGUUAUGAAGAGUUUUUAAGAGAUAAUAUUGAUACCAUUAACACUGGGAAGUAUAACUAUCCGACUAGAAUGGUUUUUCCAGGUAGAACACUUUAUAUGAAAUCUUACUAUUACCCUGAUAAUAUUCCUGAGUCAGCAUUAAAAGCUUUCUUUCAAAUGCAAGAUUAUCAUCAAAAAUAUCCAGAGAAGAAGGCUUAUGGAAUUAUAGGCUUUAAUGAUAAUGAUCUAUCAAAGACAAUCUAUCCAUUUGCUAUGAUGAACAAAUAUGCAGUUACUACAUACAGAGAAGAUACACUUACAGAAUUUAAUGACAAGAACAAAUAUCCUUAUCUGAAUCGCAUUGGCUAUGAUGAUAAUAUAAUGUAUCAUGGUUUGCUUGUUUAUCUAAAAGAAAGGAAAUGGAAUAAGAUUAUUAUUAUUCAAUCAGUUUUGACCUCAUUCCGAUCAGAAUUUUAUAUUGAGGCAUUGCGUCUUGGAAUAGAAGUUGUUGCAAAGUAUGUCAUAUCAGAUGUUACUGAUUUGGACAGUGAGCCAUAUGGAAAACUUAAUGACAUGUACACUUCUGUUAAAGCAUCUGGUAUACGACUUAUCGUUACACCUGCUAAAGGAGACACAAGUGUAUUGAUUUACACUGAAGCUAUUCGAGCAAGUGUGACCUGUACAGAUGGUUAUCAAUGGGUUGGUUAUCAAAAUGCAGAUGACUUUCCCAGCUCUAACUCACCACCUUAUUGUCAUAUUGAUAAAAACAGUCUAUGUGUGCUGAGGUUUAAAGGUAUGACUUUUAAUAGCCCAAUGUAUUUGGUGGAUGGAUGGGAUACUCCUGAAUGGAAUAUGAUUUGGAACAAAUGGUUAGAAGGGGAUGUUGAUAAAUCACUUGGACAAACUCGUGAUUUUCCAUUAGAAGAUCCUGGCAGUUUUGGAUCAAUUUUUGCUCUUGCUCGAGAUUGUCUUUCAACAAAAAUUUUAGCAAUGGAAAGAUUAAUAGCAUCCAAUCUUACAAUUAAUGGAGAAACUUUAUCAACUGAAAUUCUUAAAAAUACAGACUUUCAUGGCUUGACAGGUCAAGUUACAUUAGAUCCUGAAACAGGAGAAAGGAUUAACUAUGUUGCAAGAGUUAGUCAGUUAUGGCCCAACACAAAUUACUAUUCUAUCACAUACAUGGAACAAAUAAUACGUUUUGGUUAUAUUGCAUGGUGGGAUUGGUCUUUAAUGCCAUCUUUAAAUACACACACAUUGUAUAACAUCAAAAACACCAACACAACAACUGUAGUUGAAAUGAAAACAGAAGGUGGUCAACUUGCCUUACAACGAGCUCUCUAUUUUAAUGACUUGAACUUGUUGGUCGGAUACAUAGAAGUUGACCAGAAGUUUAAAAAUAAAAGAAGCUUCAAAGCCUAUCAAGGCUUUUUCAGCUAUACGUAUCAAAAGCAAGUCAAAAUGGUUCUGGAUCCUUACGCAGAUCCUGUUUAUAUCGAUAAUGUUGUUGAAGAUCGCAUUGAAUAUGUACCUGCACCAUACUAUUGCAAUAAUACUUGUGGUGGAAGUGUUCUUGAUCCAUCAGAUAUAAAUGUGUUUCAAAAUGGUAAAUGCAUACUUCAAGAUGUUUGCAGUUGUAAUAUGGAUGCUGCUGGACAAAUUUUGUGGUCAGGUGUAAAUUGUCAAUUUCCUGUUUGUCAUGCUGGAUGCAAGCAAGGAGUUUGUACAGCACCUAAUCAGUGUGAUUGUUUUGAAGGAUAUUCUGGUGAAGAUUGUGUAACACCUAUUUGUUCAAGUUGUUCUUCUGGUGGAAUAUGUGUAUCCCCUGAACUUUGUGUUUGUAAUCCUGGACAUUUUGGUUCAGCAUGUGAGCAAAAAUGUACUUGUGUAAAUGGAAUUUGUCAUGAUGGUGUAGCCGGUGAUGGAACUUGUUCUAAAUGUAAUCCUGGUUACACAGGAGCCAAUUGUAAUAUCUCAUUAGUUGCAUUGAUUCUACCUCUUAUAAUUGGCUUAGUUUUAUCAGGACUAGGAAUAUUUUUUCUUGCGAGAUUUCUAAUUAAACGUGCAAAGGAUAAAGCUGCAUUGUAUAAUAAUGACUGGAUUGUAACUUGGUCUGAUAUAAAACAUUAUGAUGAAGCAACUGGCAGAAGUAACAUGCACAUGUCAGCCCUUUCAAUGGAUAAAAGUGCUGCAAGGAAAAAAAUUAAUUCUGGAUCAUGGCAAGGUAUUGAUGUGCACUAUCAGAAAAUAGACAAAGAAACAAUUUCACUGACAGACACAAUCCGUUUGGAAGUAAAACAUAUGCGUGAUAUUUCGCACAUCAACAUUGCAAAUUUUUUGGGAUGUGUUAUUGAGGCACCAAAUAUUUCUAUUUUGAUGGAGUUUCAACCUAAAGGAAGUUUAGAUGAUAUCAUGAGCAAUGAAGAUAUUAAAGUCCCUUGGAAUUUCCGCUUUGCUUUUAUCAAGGGUAUUUUAAAAGGUCUCCAAUAUUUACAUAACAGCGAGAUUAAAAGCCACGGUCGAUUAAAGUCUAGCAAUAUACUUGUAGAUAAUCGAUGGACUGUGAAGUUAACUGGUUUUGGUCUUCAUUCUUUUAAAUCAAAUCAGAAAGGAGUUGGUGUUUUUAAUCCACUUGAAAUUAAUAAGAAUAUUGAUCAAUCUACAGCCAAUUAUUUUUCCUUGCUAUGGACAUCACCUGAAAUUUUAAAAACUGGUGUUUAUCAUUUGAACCAUGUUGGACGUGGAUCAGUUGAAGGAGAUAUUUAUAGCUUGGGAAUGGUUUUGUCUGAAAUGUGUUCUCGAAGUUUUCCGUUUGCUGACUUAGACUUAGAAAAAGCGGAUGUUAUUAGGUUGAUAUGUGGCCAAAAAGAUGAUGAUCUUUUAAAAGCUUGGAAGGACUAUGUCUCAAAAUCAAAUGCUGAAGCUGGAGGGUUUGUUCGUCCUUGCAUAAAAGACACUGAAUGGCCCGCAAAGUAUGAAAAGCGCAAAGCUCUAAAAAAACUUAUGGAAGCUUGUUGGCAUGAGGAUCCUACUCUACGACCAUCUAUCAAAGAAUGCAUUGUUCAGGUUGAUCGUAUAGAUCCGCAGAAAGGCGAGUUAAUGGAUAAUCUUGUUACUAUGUUAGAAAAAUACUCAAACAAUCUAGAAAAUAUUGUAACCAAACGAACAAAACAAUUAGCAAUAGAGAAACAAAAAACAGAAGAUUUAGUAUCACGUUUGCUGCCAAAGUCUGUUGCGGAAGAUUUAAAACAAGGGAAACGUGUUGAACCUGAAACUUUUGACUUUGUAACAAUUUAUUUUAGUGACAUUGUUGGUUUUACAUCAAUAGCAAAGAGAAGUACACCCAUGGAGGUUGUUGCUUUGCUUAAUGAUAUGUAUACUUGCUUUGAUUCUAUUGCUGCAAAUUAUGACGUCUAUAAAGUUGAAACAAUUGGAGACGCAUAUAUGAUUGUAUCUGGACUUCCAAAUCGAAAUGGUGAUUUGCAUGCAGGAGAAAUUUGCACCACUGCACUCGAUCUAAUGUAUGCAGUUGGGAAUUUUAAAAUUGCCCAUCUGCCUGAUACUGGUUUGCAUUUACGUGCUGGUAUACAUACGGGUAUGGUUGUUUCGGGUGUUGUAGGUCUAAAAAUGCCGAGAUAUUGUUUAUUCGGAGAUACUGUUGCCUCUGCUUCAAAAAUGGAGUCAAGUGGAAGUCCUAUGCGUAUCCAAAUUAGUGACUACACUUAUCAAAUCUUGCUACGGUUGAAAGGCUAUAGGUGUGAAUUCAGACACGAAUAUGAAUUAAAAGGAAAAGGAAUGGUAAAAACAUAUUGGCUCAUUGGAAAAGACGGAUACGAUAAAAUUAUGCCUGAUUGGACUCAAUUCGAACCUGAACCAGGCCACUAACAAAUGUAAUUUUUGCAGUUCUGCUAAUUUUUUUUAUUGUAAAUAUCUUAAAUGUUGAAAAUCUAUGAUUAAAUUAUUCCUGUCAGAAAA